GCGGCCGCCAUCUUAUGUCGGCGGCGGCUGAGGGGAAGGAGGUGGCAGGGACGAGCACAACCACUACGGCCUGGGGAGGAGAAGGCGGCGACGGCGAUCCUAGGCGGCCCAGGCGGCAGGGAGGAGGAGGAGGAGAAGGAGGAGGGUGGCGGCCGGGCUUGGCUUCGGCUCCUAGAGGAGUUGGCGGCGGCGCGACCCGGGGAACCGGCAUUGGAUUGGAGUCUCUCCCUCAUUAUGCUGGGCUGGGGAGAAAGGCGAAUGGCCUAGUGGUUAGCAGCAUGGAUUGCAAGCCAGACCACCUGGGUUCAGAUCUUAGCUCUGACAGCUGUGUGACCCUGGAUGUCCGGCUCGCCGCUGUCCAAGAAACGUCGCGUGUCCGGGCCUGAUCCAAAGCCGGGUUCUAACUGUUCCCCUGCCCACUCCGUGUUGUCCGAAGUGCCCUCGGUGCCAACCAACGGAAUGGCGAAGAACGGCAGUGAAGCAGACAUAGAUGAGGGACUUUACUCCCGGCAGCUGUAUGUGUUGGGCCACGAGGCAAUGAAGCGGCUCCAGACGUCCAGCGUACUGGUAUCAGGCCUGCGGGGCCUGGGCGUGGAGAUUGCUAAGAACAUCAUCCUUGGUGGGGUCAAGGCCGUCACUCUGCAUGACCAGGGCACUGCCCAGUGGGCCGACCUCUCCUCCCAGUUCUACCUGCGGGAGGAGGACAUUGGGAAAAACCGGGCUGAGGUCUCCCAGCCCCACCUGGCUGAGCUCAACAGCUACGUGCCUGUCAGCGCCUAUACUGGACCCCUCGUAGAGGACUUCCUCAGUGACUUCCAGGUGGUGGUCCUCACCAACACCCCCCUGGAGGACCAGCUGCGGGUGGGUGAGUUCUGUCACAGCCAUGGCAUCAAGCUGGUGGUGGCAGACACACGGGGCCUGUUUGGGCAGCUUUUCUGUGACUUUGGAGAGGAAAUGAUCCUCACAGAUUCCAAUGGGGAGCAGCCGCUCAGUGCUAUGGUUUCUAUGGUCACCAAGGACAACCCCGGUGUGGUUACCUGUCUGGAUGAGGCCCGGCAUGGCUUUGAGAGUGGCGACUUUGUCUCCUUUUCGGAAGUACAGGGCAUGAUUGAACUCAACGGAAGUCAGCCCAUGGAAAUCAAAGUCCUGGGUCCUUACACCUUUAGCAUCUGUGACACCUCCAGCUUCUCUGAUUAUAUCCGUGGAGGCAUCGUCAGCCAGGUCAAAGUACCCAAGAAGAUCAGCUUUAAAUCCUUGCUGGCCUCCCUGGCAGAGCCUGACUUCGUGAUGACGGACUUCGCCAAGUUUUCCCGCCCCACCCAGCUGCACAUUGGCUUCCAGGCCCUGCACCAGUUCUGUGCUCAGCAUGGCCGGCCCCCUCGGCCCCGCAAUGAGGAGGAUGCCACAGAGCUGGUGACCUUGGCCCAGGCUGUGAAUGCUCGAGCCCUGCCAGCGGUGCAGCAGGACAGCCUGGAUGAGGACCUCAUCCGAAAGCUGGCAUAUGUGGCUGCUGGGGAUCUGGCACCCAUAAAUGCCUUCAUCGGGGGUCUAGCUGCCCAGGAGGUCAUGAAGGCUUGCUCCGGGAAGUUUAUGCCCAUCAUGCAGUGGCUGUACUUUGAUGCACUGGAGUGUCUCCCCGAGGACAAAGAGGCUCUCACGGAGGACAAGUGCCUCCCGCGCCAGAACCGUUAUGAUGGGCAGGUAGCUGUAUUUGGCUCAUACCUGCAAGAGAAGUUGGGCAAGCAGAAGUACUUCCUGGUGGGCGCAGGGGCCAUUGGCUGUGAACUGCUCAAGAACUUUGCCAUGAUUGGGCUGGGCUGUGGGGAGGGAGGAGAAAUUGUCGUCACAGACAUGGACACCAUUGAGAAGUCAAAUCUGAACAGACAGUUUCUGUUCCGGCCCUGGGACGUCACGAAGUUAAAGUCUGACACAGCUGCUGCAGCUGUGCACCAGAUGAAUCCGCACAUCCGAGUGACAAGCCACCAGAACCGUGUAGGCCCUGACACCGAGCGCAUCUAUGAUGACGAUUUCUUCCAAAACCUGGAUGGUGUGGCCAACGCCCUGGAUAAUGUGGAUGCCCGCAUGUACAUGGACCGCCGCUGCGUGUACUACCGUAAGCCACUGCUGGAGUCAGGCACACUGGGCACCAAGGGCAAUGUGCAGGUGGUGAUCCCCUUCCUGACAGAAUCAUACAGCUCCAGCCAGGACCCGCCUGAAAAGUCCAUCCCCAUCUGCACACUGAAGAACUUCCCCAAUGCCAUCGAGCACACCCUGCAGUGGGCUAGAGACGAGUUUGAAGGCCUCUUCAAGCAGCCGGCAGAAAACGUCAACCAGUACCUCACAGACCCCAAGUUUGUGGAGCGGACCCUGCGGCUGGCGGGCACCCAACCCCUGGAGGUGCUGGAGGCCGUGCAGCGCAGCCUGGUGCUGCAGCGGCCACAGACCUGGGCCGACUGUGUGGCCUGGGCCUGCCACCACUGGCACACCCAGUACUCUAACAACAUCCGGCAGCUGCUGCACAACUUCCCUCCCGACCAGCUCACAAGCUCGGGAGCUCCAUUCUGGUCUGGGCCCAAACGCUGUCCACACCCGCUCACCUUUGAUGUCAACAAUCCUCUGCAUCUGGACUACGUGAUGGCUGCUGCCAACCUGUUUGCCCAGACCUACGGGCUGACAGGCUCUCAGGACCGAGCUGCCGUGGCAACGCUCCUACAGUCUGUGCAGGUCCCCGAGUUUACCCCCAAGUCCGGCGUCAAGAUCCAUGUCUCUGACCAGGAGCUACAGAGCGCCAAUGCCUCUGUUGAUGACAGUCGUCUGGAGGAGCUCAAGGCCACACUGCCCAGUCCAGAAAAGCUCCCUGGGUUCAAGAUGUACCCCAUUGACUUCGAGAAGGAUGAUGACAGCAACUUCCAUAUGGAUUUCAUUGUGGCUGCAUCCAACCUCCGGGCAGAGAACUAUGACAUUCCCCCUGCAGACCGGCACAAGAGCAAGUUGAUUGCAGGAAAGAUCAUCCCGGCCAUUGCCACGACCACAGCAGCCGUGGUUGGCCUUGUGUGUCUAGAGCUGUACAAGGUGGUGCAGGGGCACCGACAGCUUGACUCCUAUAAGAAUGGUUUCCUCAAUUUGGCUCUGCCUUUCUUUGGCUUCUCUGAACCCCUUGCAGCACCCCGUCAUCAGUACUAUAACCAAGAGUGGACGUUGUGGGAUCGCUUUGAGGUACAGGGGCUGCAGUCUAAUGGUGAGGAGAUGACCCUCAAACAGUUCCUUGACUACUUCAAGACAGAGCAUAAGCUGGAGAUCACCAUGCUGUCCCAGGGUGUGUCUAUGCUCUACUCCUUCUUCAUGCCAGCUGCCAAGCUCAAGGAACGGUUGGAUCAGCCGAUGACAGAGAUCGUAAGCCGUGUGUCGAAGCGAAAGCUGGGCCGCCAUGUGCGGGCCCUGGUGCUUGAGCUGUGCUGCAACGACGAGAGCGGUGAGGACGUUGAGGUCCCCUAUGUACGAUACACCAUCCGCUGACCCCUGUCCUCUCCUACAGACUGACCCCAGGCCCCCUCUCCAGACCCCUUCCAGCCCAGGGCUCCCAUUUGGCCUCUGUCAUCGGCCCAGCUAUCCAAGCCUGGUGUUCCCUCCUCGUCCCUCUAUCUGAACCCCUCUUGCCGCUGCUUCCUACCUUGUUUGGGACAUGAAUCCUAAUAAAGCGUUAUAAACCCA